GUACUGAGGCUGGCUGGAUGUGAGAAUCUGUCUUGCUUCGGGGAGGAGCGCUCUCUCAAAAGCGAGCGGCACCGCCGGGUAAUGUAGCAGUCCAGUGUGAUCGGAGCUGAGCAGCGAGCAGGGCGAAGCAAGAGAUCCAGGGAGCUGUAACUACAGGAAGAGGCGAGGCCCGACCAAGACAGUUUAAAAAGCCUCAACCAACAGCAGCGGUGCCUGUUGAUGGACAGAGCAGGCACCCAUGGCGUCACAGGAGCUUGUGGGAGCGAGAGACUCUUCCUCUGACACUCUGAACCUGGGAAUGGAGGGGGGUUCUGCACUUAGCAACGGUAAAAUCUGUCCUGUCCACACAGCGGGAGCAGAUGAGGCAAAGAGGGGUUUUCGGAAAGGCAUAGGGAGGCAUAAUGACUACGUGAAGAUUUCUGUGCCGGAUUCCAAGGUCAACCGUCUGCCCAUGGAGUGGUGGAAGACAGUCAUAGCCUUCUUUUAUGCUGGCUUUAACUUGGUCCUGACCACAGUCGUCAUCACGAUCGUCCACGAGAGAGUCCCGCCCAAAGAAAGCAGCCCGCCCCUCCCUGAUAAGUUUUUUGACUAUAUUGACAGGGUCAAAUGGGCAUUCACAGUGACAGAGAUCAAUGGCAUGGUGCUGCUGGGAAUCUGGAUGAUCCAGUUGUUCUUCUUCAGAUACAGGUCGAUAGCAGGCAGGCGGUUCUUCUUCCUCAUUGGCACCCUGUACUUGUACCGCUGUGUCACCAUGUACAUCACCACCCUGCCUGUGCCUGGCAUGCACAUGACUUGUGCUCCUAAGCUCCAUGGAGACUCCCAGGCGAAAAUUCAGCGAAUCCUGCGGCUGAUUUCGGGUGGAGGUCUUUCCAUGACCAACUCCCACCUCCUGUGUGGAGACUUCCUGUACAGUGGACACACUGUGAUGCUCACCCUCACCUACCUAUUCAUCAAGGAGUAUUCGCCGCGGUCGUUUUGGUGGUACCAUCUGAUGUGCUGGUUACUGAGUGCCACGGGUGUGGUGUGCAUCUUGGUGGCACAUGAGCAUUACAGUGUGGAUGUGGUCGUGGCCUAUUUUAUCACCUCCCGCCUGUUCUGGUGGUACCACACUAUGGCCAACUUACAGAUUCUGAAAUGCUCGCCCAACAACUACCUCACCAACACCUGGUGGAACCCGCUGUUCAACUUCAUGGAGAGGAACGUCCAGACCUCGGUGCCCUGCUCUUACAGCUGGCCCUUCACCUGGCCUCCUGCCUGCCUUAAGAACCCCUGCAAGAGUUACUCCAUGGUACAGAGCCCACGGGAGGAGUGACACAGCCCUGAAGCCCCUGUCUACUGGACAGGAACAUAAUGAUACCAAAUGCAUAGCUCUGAAAGAAAUAUUUCUGCAAAAAUGAAGGAUAAUCAUAUCGUCUCGGUGUGUUCUUUGUAAAUUAUUCAUGAGACAAAGUACUGCAGAGUCGUCAGUGUUUUUGUAGCUCAGCUCAAAGUGAACUUCGGACAUGAACAGACAGUUUGUUGCGACAGACUCACAGGUUUGUUGGAGUAUUUGCAAGACUUGAUUUCAGAAAUGCUACCGUAGCUCUUUCAUACUGUAUGUGUUGUUGGGGUUUACCUCAAUAUGAUAUCAGUGUCCUCAAGUCACAAGGUGCCUUAGUGUGUUUAAUGUCAUAGGUGUACCCAAACUUCCAUUUCCAAUAUUUGUGUAUCUGUUUUUUUUUCAUAAGUAUU